UGUCCAAUCCUUUUGAUUUUUCAAUAAAAUUUACUGAAAUGAAAAAAAUUAAAUGAUACUCUUCUAUUCAAUAGGAGAGUAUCGCAUUGAACACCAUUGGCUCGCGAAGUUGACUUAACCCAUUCACACCUUAAAAUUCAUAAUGAACUAUUCCGACCUUCGAAUCGGAAGAGUUCAAAUGUGUUUUCAGGGGCCACAGAAUGCGUCUUAGACUGUUUGAUCUAGAUCUAAAACUAAAUGUAGACACAGUUGCUAACCUCUGUCAUAACUUAACAUAUCGUUAACUUACAUCAAUUAAAUCAAAACAUCAUUAUUUGUUUAGUUCGGACAAUGAUAAAUGUCUAUAUCUUAGCAGAGAAUGGCAACUACACCAAAUCGGGCAUCAGGGAACGAAGCUCCGGAUGGUCCAACAGCUAAAGAUAAUCUCCAGUCUGCGAAGGACGAGUAUCAGUUGGUGGAAUCCGUCCGAGGCCUUCCCUCUAGAGUGAAAACACUGCCAAGACAAGAGAGGUUUAACUGUUUCGAGAAGCUUCGCGCCGGGGUUCUUCUUAUUGUGUUGGGUAUUGUCUACCUCAUCGAUAGAUUUCUCACUCGGAGAUGGGAUAAAUUGUCAGACCUUUUGAAUGCGUAUAGAUGGAUAGUUCCCAAACCUCCAACGCCUGAAAUUUGGAGAGAUGAUGCGUUCUUUGGAAGGCAACGUUUAGUUGGUGUUAACCCGUUCGUCAUCCGACUCUGUACAGCAAUACCAGGAAACAUGAAAGAAAACGUUAAUAAACGAAGGGAAUUCCUACAGAAGGUUUUACAACAGAAAUCUGGGAAGACUGAUUUCACCUUGGAUACAGCCAUCCAAGAAAAUAGACUGUUCAUUGUGGAUUACGACAUUCUAGACGGGAUGAAGGAUACAUUUGGACUAUGUUCUCCAAUUGCAUUGUUCCUGGUGGAUGCUGAAAAUGAAUUAAUGCCCAUCGCCAUACAGUUGUACCAAACGGGAGAAAAUAACCCGAUGUUUCUGCCCGAAGAUCCAAGCUGGUUGAUGGCAAAACUGUGGUUUAAUCAUGCAGACAGCUCCUACCAGGAUUCGUUCUCUCACCUUGGUGUCACCCAUCUACUGAUGGAGAGUGUUGAUGUAGUGACACAUCGGAACUUAACAACGACACAUCCUGUCUACGAAAUCUUGGCUCCACAUUUUCUUUAUCUACUGGCUAUUAACACGAAGGCAAGAGAUUACCUGAUCAAUAAAAAUGGAAUCGUAGACGAGACUAGGUCGAUCGGCAGAGAAGGAACGUUCGAGAUCAUCCGAAGACAAUUGUUGAAAUGGAGGAUGGAUGAAGAUGGGACAUUGCCACGGGAUCUUGAGAUAAGAGGGGUGGAAGGGGAAGGUACUCUACCUGGCUACUAUUACCGCGAUGACGCACUUCUCGUCUAUGACGCUAUACAGAAGUAUGUCCAUACAUAUAUCCACGUUUAUUAUGAUGAUGACGGUUAUAAUGGCAAACACCAAGUAAGUAAUGAUGCACAAAUACAAGCCUGGGUAGCGGCACUGAUUGCUAAAAGAGAACCUGUCAACGGUGGCUGUGAAAUCAAGGGCAUUCCAUUAGAUAAGAAUGGUUCGACUAUAUCUACCUGUGAUCAGCUGGUACAAAUACUGACCAGCACCAUAUACAUGUGCAGUGUGGGUCACGCCGUCACCAAUUUCCCACAGUACGAACAGUACGGCUUCCAGCCAGCCUACCCCGCGGGCAUGAGAGGGUCACCACCUCAAGAUCCGAACAUCAUGGUAACUGAGACAGCCAUCAUCAAAGCGAUUCCGCCCAAAAUCACUUGCCUGUUGGAAAUGGUCGUUAUGAAGUUUCUGAGCACAAGGAACACCCGCUGCUUGGGAAAUUUCAUCACGAGAGAUAGUAUACCGCUUAAGGCAGACGAUGCGGUGAAGCAGUUUAGGAAAGAUUUGAAAAAAGCUGCUGUAAGAAUUGAGGAAAGAAAUAGCACAAGAACUCAUCCUUACCCUUGGGCAAGCCCCGACAACAUUCCGAAUUCUAUCAGCAUCUAGCUUCAACAUCACCCCAAAUUUCCUGGGCACCUACCACGACUACUGACGACGCUUUGUCGUGACUAAGCAGAAGUUUGUGUUGACAAAUAUAAAAGAUAUUAAAUAUAAAUGAACUGUCACGAUCUAACGUAAAUUUUGUAAUUUUCAGUAGUAUAACGAGAAUAAAGCAGAGAGAAUAUAGUGAACAUCAUUGUUUAUUAUAUUAUUGUCUCGUCGACACGCUAUGUGUUGAUUACUCUGUUAAUCUUCAUGUAAAACGUCCAAGUACUCCUGUCGAGUUGUUCGAGGAAAUCACAAACAAUUCUGUCUCAGACUACUGCCAUGUGUGAACGACUUCUCCAAAACUAAUGAACGAGGUUUGGAUGAUAUUGUAAGUAUUGUUUAUCAACAGAAAACAGAUAUAUUUGUUGUGUACUCGCCAAAAUGCGAAUCCACCAAAAAAUUAAUUGACGGUAUUUUUUUAUAUUAUUAGUUUGGUGUAUGUAGUAUAACAAUACAUAGGCUUGUAUGAAAAUAUUUUUACUUUAAAGACAAAAAGCAGAAUUUGUGCAAAAACGAAACAAGUGACAGGUCAUAAACUCCCUAAAUGACAUCAAUGUAAAAUUACAGUAAAUGUUUUUCGAAUAUUGAGUGCUGUGUAUUUUGAAAACUGUCUACAAUUUAAUAUUAUAAAUAGCAAUACACAUACAUUCAGUUGUAUUUUUAUACCAGUAAACAACCGAAAUAUUCUGAUUAAAUGAAAACACCUAAUGAGAAAAAAAUCUAAACUGAUAGGCCAAGUUCGUUCAGACAAUACCCAGGGGAAAAUACUGGAAUUUGAGUGCAGUGGGGCAUUUCCAGCAGUUUUGGUCGAUAUCAAAAUUAAGAGGGGCCAGUCUAUGUACAAUUAAAAGAAAAUUGAAGAAUAGAAGGGUUAAUUUCAAUUUUGAGGGGCCAAUGGCCUCAUGGCCCCCUCCAGGAUUAUUCUUGAAUACCUAUAUAAACACAUAUCUACAAGACAUGCGUUUGUUAUCUCUAGUCUUAAUCGUCGACAAAAUGACCUGGAUAGCGAAAGAAAAAUUAUAAACCUGCAAAAAACUUUCAUUUGAUGAGAAAACAAAUCCUUGUCUGAUUACCCUUGUCAGCAGCGCUUAAUUAAUUUCUUAGGGGUUGGGCCCAUACGCGGUUUAUAUACAAUAAUUCUGACAAUUACAAAAAGACCGUCUGUUUUUGGAAGACAGUGAGCCACACGAGCGUUCUCUAGAAACCAUUCUAUUUUCGGAAUAUAUAGUAGAUGGAACACGAACAGGUUGGGUUGGGUUGGGGCAAUGAAAAUGUACCAGGCACACAUUAUCCAAUAUUUUUAUCGUACCAGUUUUAUUUAUUUAUACGGAAUUAAUACUGUUAGAUUUGUCAAACAUAUUUAGGUCGUGAGCGGAAAUAUGAUUCCCACUUGGAGUCGAAGGCAUACUUUGAAGCCCGGUCUAUUUUCAAAGAUGUCUACUCUCAAAAUGGAUAUGACUGUAAGGAAUCCAAAGCUUAUUCCUAAAACCAGCCCAUCUUUUCUAAUAUGGCUUAUUAUCAAGAUUUUGUAAUGUACAAUGUAUUUAAGAUAUGAUAUGCAGGUCAUGUUGGUAAGUAAUGUUAUGGAAUUUUUGAAAGAACCAUGUGUGAUCAACUGACUGCCUUUUUUAGUAAUGUUUUUCAUCCUUUGCUUGCAGCCUUCCGACCAGGAUUUGGGUGUCAAUCUACCCUGUUGCGACUUGUUGAGGAUUGGCGUAGAGCCCUGGACAACCAUGUGUAUGUCGCUGCCAUACUGAUGGACCUGUCCAAGGCUUUUGACUGUCUUCCUCUUAACUUGUUGGUCGGGAAGCUGGAGGCCUAUGGCCUGAGCAAAGCCUCAGUUAACCUGGUGUCCAGCUUCCUGAGCAGCAGGGAGCAGCAGGUAAAAAUUGGCUCCAAAUGCGGUGACUGGCUGGAAGUGCUGAAGGGGUACCCCAGGGUUCUAUUUUAGGACCCUUGCUUUUUAAAGUAUUUGUAAAUGAUAUGUUUUUAUAUGCGACAUCCUAUAAAUUAUAUAAUUAUGCAGACGACAACACUGUCAGCGAAUCAAAUAAAGACCCAGAUGCUUUAAAACAUAAUAUUGAAAAUGACUGUCAAAAUUUAAUAGACGUGUUUAAAUUAAA